AUGCUCACCAGCUCAGACAAAUCUCUCUCUCUGAUGGCCGACCACUGUGCCCCAGAGGGUUUGGCUUCCGGUCCCAAAGGCAGCACAUCCAGUAGGGGGAUGCACAGCAUUCGCUCCUCCCUCUCUCUCCCUGAGCCCGAGGCAUGGCGCCGGACCUCCAGCCCUGGCACCACCCGUCAAGGAGGCCUAGUCCAGGGGUCCCGCUCCUGCUCCUUGCAGGUUCCCCACUCCGGCCUGGAGACCCUGGAUCUACCCCCGCGGGUGGCCAGCUUCGACGUCCCUUACAGGGUGGAAGAGGCAGGGUCGGACACAGGCUCAGGGUCUGUGAGCCCCUGUAGUAUGCAGAGGAGACGUGGUGGCAUCGUGGAUCAGAGGGAUGUGAUCAGGGCCCACGAGUCGCACAAGAUGCAGAGCACACCACAGGCCCGCAGGAAAGACUGGGAGUAAGUACACAAGAUGGAGGGGGGAGGGGUUCUGUCUUCACAGCUCUGGCAUGUGUCAAGAUGAAAAGAAGCAUAAAUGUACAGAAUGUAUCCAGGAAUAGAAUGGAUACAAUCAUUUAUAAGAAUGCACAUAAUAAUCAGCCUUUGGUUGAGGUGUGGCAGAUUCUCAUGUUAUGCUGUGAUAACAAGACAGAAUUACCAAAGUGGUCAAUAGUCAAUGGGCUCGCCUCACCUGGCUGCAAGUUCAUUGGGCUGUACAGUGUCCCUUCAGACCGUACAGUGUCCUGUCUGACUGGCUGUACACAUCUGUAGAUUGAAUCUGAUGCUGUGUUACAAUAUUAUUGGUGGUUGGGUUCUAUCUACUGUAUGCGUAGCUUGCUUGUGGAACUUUGAGCUCUGGAGCUCUGAUUACCUCCUUAGCAUCACUCAACUGUGGAGUGCCACUCCAUCACGGUAACCCCACCCCCUCUCUCCCCCCUCCUCCCCCAGCACAUCCUCUUUAUCAUACAGUACAUACUGCACAUACUGGUAUUUACUGGGUUCUCUUGUUGUAAUUCUCUCUUUGUCUCUGUCUCUCUAAUGCUUUCUCUCUCUCUCUCUCUCUCUCUCUCUCUCUCUCUCUCUCUCUCUCUCUCUCUCUCUCUCUCUCUCUCUCUCUCUCUCUCUCUCUCUCUCUCUCUCAUGCUUCCUCUCUCUUUCGAUUUCUCUCUUAUGCUUUCUCUCUCAUUUUCUCUUUUCCGCUCUCUCUCUCUCACUCUGUCAUACACACUUACGUAAUUACUCUUUUGUAUCCCUACUACACUCGCACACUCUCUCUCGCUUCGCAUCUCCCCACCGCCCCCUCACUCAUUCAUCAUAUACAGCCAAACAUAAUUGGGAGAGUUGUUUAUUUCUGGUUGCAACCCAAUGUUCCAAUGUGCAACAUUCAACGCAACGGGUCGACUCUGUCAGUCUUGCACUAUGGUAUCUAUCAGGUUUGGAAUCAUUUAAAAGAUCAGUCUGGGAAUCACUGGGAAUUCACCUCAACAACAGUUUUUACUUGUCAAAAUGAUAUUCACUUUGGGAACUCACACAGUUAUUCCCACUCAUUCCCCCUUAAUCCCACCUCUAGUGUUUGUGCAGUAGAAAGUCCAGCAGAAAGGCCAGACAAUAGGGUUUAUCUUAGUGUAGUGUGCAUAUCUGACCAUUAGAGGAUGCCACAGAAUCAAACAAAGUAUACCGUGGAAAAUCAAAUAGAUAGUGGCAAUGAUAAUGGAAAGAAAAGUUCUUGUUCUUCCCAGCUGUACACAAAAGAGUUUGGGUAUUUGCUAAAUAUGAAUGGUUGCUACUGUAAAUAUUCACAAUUAACAUCCAAAUAGCAGGAGAGAUGAUUAGGCUAUACAUGUAGUGUAUGACUGUUUUCAGUCAACUUUGAAGUAAUUCUAAGUAUCUUACAAAAGGUAACAAAUAACUUUUAAUGAAAUACGAGUGUGUGUCUAUUAGAAAUACGGUACAGGAUAGGGAUUACUGUAGGAGACAUAAACAACGUUUUACCAUUAUCAUAAUGCAACUUUGAUUGAGAGGGUGGGGUGUGGUGUACAGUUACGUUAUUAAUAAUAUGUCUGUUUAUAUAAGCUUCAGUUAUUGGUAAGACCAGACCGACAUAACUCAGGAAUAGAGAGUGUCUGUUGCUAGGUAACGGAGAUAAAGAAAAACUCUUAAAGCCACUCCAAUCAGCGUUGGUCGGGGUGAAAUCCUCAGUUGACAAUUACAUAAAUGCUCUUCAGAGUUCUGCCAAUAAGUACACCCAUUAAUGUUUUAACUCAUGGUGCAUGUCACCGGCAUACAUUUCUCCCCCUUUCAAAGGAAUAUGUUUCAAAUGGGCUGUGCUUAUUUAUUAGAAUUUCCUCCUCCUAAGUGUUGUAAAGAGAUAAAUACAUCAUGAGUUUUUCCGCCAUGUCUAAAGACACAAGAGAUGGCACCGGAAAUGCUCUUUUCCUCUUUGUAGCUCCAAUACAGAAAGUCUUUCUGAAACGCAUAAUAGUAGAGAUGUAGUGCAGAUUUGGACCCCACCUACUAUAUCCGGUUACCCCACCAGUACAGACUGUAGGUUAUUCAGUUGUUCCUGAUGAUGUCAUCAUAGGAACAACCAUGCUAACCCUUUUGAUGCUUUGUAUUAUAAAGUGACAUCUGAAGGCAUGAGAAUGAUGAUGAUGAUGAUGAUGAGCUGAACUAAUGAUGAUUGCAUGAUUAAGCUAUCAAUACUGGGUAGUAAUCAAUUCCAAUUGGACUCAAUCUGGAAACAAACCAUGUGUUUCUUUGUGCAACUUUGAUGAUUAGAUAUUGGAAUAUGAUUGUUGUUGCAUUCAACCGUAGAUAUCCUAUUAAAUUACUAGAUGGGCUAUUUCAUAAACCUUCAAAGGUCCAGAAUGGGCUGAAAAUGGCAGCUAUAUUGGCCAUGGAUAAAUCCAAACCAGUCUAAUUGGAAUGAAUGGCAGUAGAGGCAGAAUCCUGAUUUUACUUAUGCAGGACAAUAAAAGUAAGACGUGAUAUAUCAGACAUUGUCUAAUAGAAUUAUUGUCAACCUAAAAUAUUGUCAUAUAAUUAUAAAUACAGUAUAUAUGGUUUUAUACACAUUUUCUGUAUAAAUAGCCUCUAAAAUAUAUGUAAACAGACCAUAAAUGUCUAAAUGUUUGUUUUCUUGGAAAGCUGUGCUAUUAUAUGAUACAAUAUCAGUACUUGUUGCAUUUACAACUUGUCUAAUCUCUAUCAUCAACUGAUUUCAGCCAGUGUAUGGCUGUGGAUUGACUGCAUUGUUUGAAUGGAAUGUUGGUAUAUUGGCAGUUACUUACUUAAAACAUUUAUGGAAUCAUUCCUCUAAAACUGGCUGGCUAGCUAGCUAACACACAUACAGUGCAGAUACAUUCUUCAAAUUCAUUACUUUACACAAUAUCUUAUCACAGCACUGGCAAACCAUGGUUCACCAACUCCCUGACCAAAAUGGCUGACCUUUAUCCAAUCAUAAGAAGGUUAAUGUCCAUUCUAGUGUUCUAAUUCCUAAUUCUAUGCUUUCAACAUAUGAGCAGUGCUCAUAGUCAUUCAUUUCACUUCUUUCACUGGAAUGAAAUAUUGUUUGAAGGCGGUAUUGGCCCCUCCGUUUAUCUAGAGGGACUGAAACCUUGACAUGGUGUACCAGAAGUUGAGUUGCCCUGGGGGAGAAACCGAUUUCUGUAGGAAGUGGUUGCUCUAUUGUGCAACAUGGCUUUUGUUGGCUAAAUGAAAAGAACAGAGCAGAAAUUCAAGAGAGCUGUGUCGCUAUGGAAACAACUGUUAAGAGAGAGAAAAAUGAAUUUAAUGUUUAUAGAAAUUGACAAAUGUAGAGAUAGGACCACUUCAUCCCAAAUCCCCCCCCCCCCCCCAUAGGGAUAGAGGGAGGUAGGGAUGGGGGGGGGGGGUUUGGGAUGAAGUGGUCCUAUCUCCACAUCUCCCUCCAUCCCCAUUGGGAAGGGAAGAACAGCGGCAGAUGGAAUGAGAGAGCUCCAUGUUGCCAAAUUAGGUCUCCAUCACACUCUGAGCGGGUGUGAAAGUCCCUGCUUUCUUCUCCUCUCUCUCCCACAUAAAGGGGGGCAGUGCCUCAAGAUCUAUUUCAUGAUCUAUUUUUAUUUCAGACAUGAUAUUCCAAUAUUAGCACAAUGACCUGGAUUGGUUAAAUGUUUUUAAUAGUAGCCUACAAGUCUGUCUUCAUUAAUGAACAUACUGUAUCUCAAAGCUCUCACUGUGUAGCCUAAAGCUAAUAUGUAACAUUUAAGGUGGACACGUGGAAAUCUGUUCAUAACACCAGAGGAAACUUCAAUUGGCCAAUAAGUUAUUAUCAGACUUCUUUGUGUGAUAAGGUUUACCUUUCGAUUGGGGAGGCUUUCAGUAGUUUUCUUGGUUCCAAUAAGUUCUCUUUGUCUCAAGUCUUUGUUUUAGUGUUAUGGUGGUGGCUCUACAGAAACACAGUUUAUGUUGAUAGUGUGUUCACUAAUGCAAGGACUGUGACCUAGUGGUACCAAUGACACAGGUCAUGUUUUGCAGACAUUUUUGUUUAAAUGCAUUGCAGAGAAAGAGGCCUAUUCGUGUGGGCAGAUUGUCUGUCACCUUAUUUUCUAGCUGUAUUUUACUAUAACAUAAUGCCAACACAUAGGAUCACUAAUGUGUUCCUUUACUUUCAAAGGUGAUUUUACCUCCACCCCUCUAACCCUACCCCCUUAGGAAUUUUGGUUGUUGUUUUAAAUUUAGAACUUACAACGCCAGGGUUGUGGGUUCGAUUCCCACGGGGGGGCAGUAUGAAAAAAAUAAUAUAUAUACAGUGGGGAGAACAAUUAUUUGAUACACUGCCGAUUUUGCAGGUUUUCCUACUUACAAAGCAGGUAGAGGUCUGUAAUUUUUAUCAUAGGUACACUUCAACUGCGAGAGACGGAAUCUAAAACAAAAAUCCAGAAAAUCACAUUGUAUGAUUUUUAAGUAAUUAAUUUGCAUUUUAUUGCAUGACAUAAGUAUUUGAUACAUCAGAAAAGCAGAACUUAAUAUUUGGUACAGAAACCUUUGUUUGCAAUUACAGAGAUCAUACGUUUCCUGUAGGUCUUGACCAGGUUUGCACACACUGCAGCAGGGAUUUUGGCCCACUCCUCCAUACAGACCUUCUCCAGAUCCUUCAGGUUUCGGGGCUGUCGCUGGGCAAUACGGACUUUCAGCUCCCUCACCUUCCACAUGAUCAUUGAUGCCCCACGAGGUGAGAUCUUACAUGGAGCCCCAGACCGAGGGUGAUUGACCGUCAUCUUGAACUUCUUCCAUUUUCUAAUAAUUGCGCCAACAGUUGUUGCCUUCUCACCAAGCUGCUUGCCUAUUGUCCUGUAGCCCAUCCCAGCCUUGUGCAGGUCUACAAUUUUAUCCCUGAUGUCCUUACACAGCUCUCUGGUCUUGGCCAUUAUGGAGAGGUUGGAGUCUGUUUGAUUGAGUGUGUGGACAGGUGUCUUUUAUACAGGUAACGAGUUCAAACAGGUGCAGUUAAUACAGGUAAUGAGUGGAGAACAGGAGGGCUUCUUAAAGAAAAACUAACAGGUCUGUGAGAGACGGAAUUCUUACUGGUUGGUAGGUGAUCAAAUACUUAUGUCAUGCAAUAAAAUGCAAAUGAAUUACUUAAAAAUCAUACAAUGUGAUUUUCUGGAUUUUUGUUUUAGAUUCCGUCUCUCACAGUUGAAGUGUACCUAUGAUAAAAAUUACAGACCUCUACAUGCUUUGUAAGUAGGAAAACCUGCAAAAUCGGCAGUGUAUCAAAUACUUGUUCUCCCCACUGUAUAUAUGUUUUAAAAAUAAAAAAGAAUGUAUGCACUCACUAACUGUAAGUCGCUCUGGAUAAGAGCGUCUGCUAAAUUACUCAAAUGUAAAUGUAAAUAUGUAUUUUUGGAAAGUGACAAUUUUGACAAAAUGUCAGUGUUCAUCCUUGAACACUGAAAUAUAUAUUGCCAUGGAAACUGAAAUAUGUUUUUUCUAUCUCAUGACAAUUCUCAUUCAGAUGUACAGUGUGUUGAAAAUUGCCAUAGGCUACUGAAAGACGUGGGAGGGGUUGCGCAAGUGUGCGGGAGCUCGCGCUCACUCUGUUUCAUGGUCAUUUGGAGGCAGGUAAACACAUUGAAAGAUAAUCGUUCGCGGAUCAAACCAGUAUUCUAGCGCCAAAUGUUUCUUUCUGUUGAAACAAUUACAUUUCUCAUUGUUAAACGGAUAAAGGAAUUCGAAAAUGUUUUAGACUACACAAAUUGGUCGCUUCGGAAAGUUACCAAGAUCUAUUUUGACUGGAUGAGAGGAGAUGCGUAAAGUUUUUGGAGACCAGGAUACAUGUCCCGUGGAUUCCAUUGUCUAACGAAGAUCAACUGGGUUUAGGCUAAACAUGCAUUCUAUAGUGUACGUUACUGAAUGUAUAUGUUUUUAUAAAGUUUUAAGUGAAAAGUCGGUGGAUGUUGUUCCUGUUCCGAGUUUAUCCAGUGAUGCGCUUACGUUACUGAAUGUAUAUGUUUUUAGAAAGUUUUAAGUGAAAAGUCGGUGGAUGUUGUUCCUGUUCCGAGUUUAUCCAGUGAUGCGCUUAUGUUGAAACUUGUCUGGAGCGUAGCUGACCAUCACCGUUCACUCGCCCAGACAGAUGGGGUGAUAUAGAUGGAAAGAUGUUACAAUCCGUGUAAUCGAAUCGUUAUACAUUAUUAUUAUUAAAACUCAGCACGAAAUUUACCUUUUGUAGUUUACUUCAGCAUGGAAUGACAUGCAUGGGGGUGGGGGGGGGGGGAGUUGGAUCUUUGCGCCUCAACAGGUCGUCUGUCAAUGGAUAUUUUAUUACUCUACCAACACAUUUGCUUUUUCAUUUGUUUUGAUAUCCAAGGCAACAACAUUUAGCAAGUUUUAUUCUCGUUUUUCCCUCCAUAGAAUGGCUCGGUUUGGAGAUGAGGUACAGAUGACGAUGGAUUCCCGUGACUCCGGGGACCCAGAGCGCGGGGAGGACGGUGGGGACACUGCGUCAGGUACAGGGUCAGGGACGCUAAAACAAACCAAAGCGGCGAGGGCGCGCACCAUGGCUCUCUACAACCCUAUACCCCACCGGCAGAACUGCCUCACUGUCAACAGGUCGCUCUUCAUAUUCGCCGAGGACAAUUUAAUUCGGAAAACCGCCAAGAGGUUCAUAGAAUGGCCAUAUCCUUCCUUAUACUAUACAUACUCAAUCACACACACACACUUUAUGCUUACCUGAAUAUCACAGCACUCUAGAUUCGUUUUGUGUUGUCCGUCCGUUGUCAAACAGUAUUGCUACCUGCUACAUUGACUGGUGCAUAUCAGCACCAUGGACAGCGCCCAUACUUAUCUAGCGCGCUAUCCCACAAUAUUAUUCACUAUUGAAAUUGACUCAAUUAGUUGAUUGUUUUGACUUCACUUUGACUGGGUUUGUAGUUUAUAAUAUAAUGGCUGUCCUCAGUCAUCAUUUGUUAUGUAUUUCUUUAGAUUUGUUUGGACUGUGAUAGUAAGCCUUCAGUUUCUUAUUCUUUUUUUUAUU